AUGAGCGAUGAAAGAGAACAAGCGAUAGCGCUGCUGCGAGACCUUAGAGCGACUGCAACCCCAAAAUUUGUGGACAGUGGCGAGGCACUCACAUACCUGGUGUACAAAGAUGAGGCUCUUGAAAAGGCAAUUACAUUUCUGAGCCCGGCGUACGUUAAGACCACCCCAGAGAGCAUGCAGUCGCUGCGCGUCAAUCAUGAGCGACUUGCGAACACCGCUAUCGAGCGCAUAUUUGAUACACAUACACAAGUGCUGCGGUCAAAGCUUGCCGAAGCUGAGAAAGUGGCGGACAUGUGGAAAAGGGUUGCUCUGUUCAGAGGCGCUGAGGAGGGAAAUUCCGUGCGCCACAUCACCUCUGCAGAGCCGGCUCUCUGUGCUCCCGGGCGUGUCUCCGUCAGCUCGCAAGUCUGCAGCACACAGGUAGGCGUAGCUGCAACCGAGAGCAAGACGAGUGUGCCACCGUGUGCGUUGGUCUGCGAGGCAGUACGGGAAUGGCUAGCAGACUGGAGCCUGAAAGUGCAGUGUCUUGUAAAUGAAAAAGUAGAGCUCUGGUGCUUGUCGCAGCGUUGCCUCAUCACUCAUCUGCGGAUAAACCGGCAUGAGCGUGAAGUUGGACGUCCUUUCUUUGGUGGCAGCCUGAAGGUGCUGGGUAGGCGAAGCUCAGCACGCCCUGCACCUCGCAAGAUCAAUAAUGCACGGUUGAGCAACGGAAAGGCUUCGUGUAUGGAGAGUGGGGAAAAAAGUGAACAAGGUGCAUUCGCACCCACGGUCGAUGCGCCAGGUGAAAAUCUUGUGAAGAGCUCGACCGUUUCUUCCCAGCAUGCUGCCGCUUCCAGUGCGUCGACGCCCAGUCUCCCUAACCCUGGUACUCAUUUGCCUCGGGGUGCUCCGUCUGACUCACCAUUGUACGUUAUGCAGACCAUCUUCUUGAAAGCACGCACGACACAACUCAGCGGCAACCAGCGGACCUCGACAUCGGGCAGCCCAGUAGGUCCACUGCCUCACCUACCACACAUAUGA